AUGAGGAAUACAACAAGAAAUCCAAUGCUAGAGAUGAUUUUUUGGAGAAAACCUGGGGAAAGUUGGCUUAAGGUCAACUUUGAUGCUACUAUAGAUUCAAAAAAUCAGAAAGUAGGAGUUGGGGUUAUAAUCAGGGAUCAUAAUGGAGAGCAAAUGGCAGCCUGCAGUGAACCAAACUUGUUGUUGUCUCAACCAUUAAUAGCAGAAGCAGCAGCCAUGAGAAAAACAAUUGAGUUGUGUACAGAUAUGGGAUUUAACAGGGUGAUUAUAGAAGGAGAUGCAAAAGUAAUCUUAGAGGCUGUGGUGAAUCCAGAUACAUGUUGGAUAGCAUAUGGGCAGAUUAUUCAAGAUGUCAAAGAGAGUUUCAAAGAGUUGAAUGGUUGGAAGAUUAGUUGUAAGAAGAAAAGGUAA